CCUUCUCCAGACAUUUGCCUGAAGAUGACAGACAACAUUCACAGCCAGUUGGAGCAUCUUCAAUCUAAAUACAUUGGAACAGGCUAUGCGGACACCAGGAAGUGGGAGUGGUUGGUGAACCAACAUCGGGACUCAUACUGUUCAUAUAUGGGUCACUUUGAUCUGUUGAAUUACUUCUCUGUUGCUGAGAAAGAGAGCAAAGCCCGAGUGCGCUUCAAUCUCAUCCUGUGGCCCACCUUCGGAAAAACCUGACAAUUCCUAGGCUAAGGACUUCAACUGAGAAUAUGUAGAACAUUGUGUUUUUACUGUCCGGCUGUCCAUAUUUAUCCAUUGU